ACCUAUUCAAAUUUUUUCAAACUUUGUUUUGUCACUUUUAGCUCAAAGCUUUAGAGUAUUGACCAUUUUAAUCUUUUUCCUCACCACAUUAAUACCUCUUCUCAAUCAAAGUAUUGUGUGCUUUGUAAACAUCACAUCACAAGGAAAAUGACUAGUGCAACAUUUGUAAAUUUCAGUUCUGUCCCACCUCAACUAAAUUUCGUAAAUUCUUUACAGUUGCAUCCUCAUCGCCCACUCAGUACAACCAUUUCUUCUUCACCUAAAUUAACUGCUGUUCUCUCAUUCACUCAAUCUCAAGGUUUUGGAUGUAAGGGACAAGAGUGUGGGGAUUUUGGUAAAACAUCUGCUGUUCGGGAGUUGAGUGGUUCUCUUACAUCAGCACAGGGACAUCGGUUUGCUAUUGUGGUGGCACGUUUUAAUGAACUGAUCACCAAGAAGCUUUUGGAGGGAGCUUUGAACACUUUCAAGAGUUACUCAGUUAGAGAAGAAGACAUUGAUGUUGUGUGGGUUCCUGGUAGUUUCGAAAUCGGUGUUGUCGCGCAGCAACUUGCCAAGUUAAGAAAAUAUCAAUCUGUAUUGUGUAUUGGUGCUGUGAUUAGAGGUGAUACGUCUCAUUAUGAUGCCGUGGUUAAUGCUGCCACAUCUGGAGUACUUUCAGCAGGUUUAAAUUCAGGUACUCCAUGCAUAUUUGGUGUCCUGACAUGUGAUACCUUGGAACAGGCUUUCAACCGUGCUGGUGGGAAGGCUGGGAAUAAAGGUGCUGAAGCAGCAUUGACUGCAAUUGAGAUGGCAUCUUUGUUCGAACACCAUCUGAAGCCAUUACAGUAGGAAAAAGACCUUUUUCGUUUUUGUUGCAGCUGUAUCAUUGGAAGAAAGUUGUGUAAUAAUUUGGCAAUGAUGUUUUUUGAGGAAUCAGAAUUGUCAAUUGCUUUAAAUUGUUUGCAGGGAUAACAUUCUUGAACCAAACUGCAGUUGUUCCAAUGUUGUACUUUUAAAUAAUAGUACAUCGUUUUUUUUUC